AUGGAAGAAAUCUUGAAAACACUUCCACAACAUACUUGUAGUUGGUUGAAAGGCAGGUGUACUUUCUACAAAUAUGAAGGCUUUUGGCACUUUCAAAAUUUACUUGAAGGAGCCAUUUUGGCUCAACAAACCUUCAAGGCCCGGUCAAGUGACAUAUUAUUGUGUAGUUGCCCAAAGUCCGGCACGACUUGGCUAAAAGCCUUGGCUUUUGCCAUUGUAACCCGAAAUCAGUUUGAUGAAUCGUCAAGUCCUUUGCUUACAACCCUGCCUCAUCUUUGCAUCCCUUCGAUUGAAAAUAUGAUCCAUGAGCCAAUGAAAGAAAACCUCCCACUUGUGGCUACACACCUCCCUUAUGCCACCUUACCAAAAUCAAUCCUAGCUUCAAAUUGCAAGAUUGUUUAUAUUUAUCGUAACAUAAAAGAUGUAAUAGUAUCUUACUACCAUUUUAUGCCAAAAGUAUCAAAAUUGCCGGUGGAGGAUGUGUCAUUUGAGCAAGUAUUUGAUGAGGUUUAUCAAGGCAUUUCAUGGGGUGGACCAUAUUGGGAUCAUAUUUUGGGAUACUGGAAAGCAAGUCAAGAAAGGCCGGGAAGUGUUAUUUUCUUGAAAUAUGAAGAUAUGAAAAGGAACGCGAGAAGCAACGUGACAAGGCUUGCAGAGUUCCUUGGGUAUCCCUUCUCGGCCGAAGAAGAAAAAGCAGGCAUAGUUGAAAACAUUAUAAAGUUGUGUAGUUUUGAAAAUUUGAGCAACUUAGAAGUGAACAAAAGUAGAAAUCAUCAUCAAAAUGAACCCGGUUUCAUGGAAAACGAAUACUUCUUUAGAAAAGCUACGGAUGGAGAUUGGAAGAACUAUUUCACCGAUGAAAUGAAAAACAAGAUAGACAAAUUGAUGGAUGAGAAACUAAGUGGCACUGGUUUAGUCCUAAAAUGA